UCACAAAAAAAAUUCGUUAGAAAAACGAAAAAAUAACAACAAAAUAAAAAAUUUGGGGAAAACAAAGGAGAAAACUUUUUUUGGUCCAAAGAUCGAAAGAGAUGAUUUUUUGAAAAACUUUUGAUAAGUUUCUCUUCUUGGGCGAUCGAUUAUAAUCUGAAAGAUUGAAACUUUUUUUGAUAUUGUUGUUGGGUUUGGAUCGUUGGUGGAGAGAGAGGUCGUCGUCUAUUGGAAUGUCGCAACAAGGGCAGGGAAGCAUGGACCCUGCCGUUCUCGAUGAUAUCAUUCGUCGUUUGUUGGAUUACAGAAACCCUAAGCCUGGAACCAAACAGGUUAUGCUCAACGAGUCUGAGAUCCGUCAGCUUUGCCUCGUUUCUAGAGAGAUUUUUCUUCAACAGCCUAACCUUCUUGAGCUCGAAGCUCCUAUCAAGAUCUGCGGUGAUAUUCAUGGACAGUAUUCAGAUCUAUUGAGGCUGUUUGAGUAUGGAGGCUUCCCACCAACAGCUAACUAUUUGUUCUUAGGAGAUUACGUGGACCGUGGGAAGCAGAGUUUGGAGACUAUUUGUCUUCUCCUCGCCUACAAAAUCAAGUACCCUGAGAACUUUUUCCUUCUACGAGGAAACCACGAAUGUGCUUCUAUUAACAGAAUCUAUGGAUUCUAUGAUGAGUGUAAACGUCGAUUCAGCGUCAGACUCUGGAAAGUAUUUACGGAUUCUUUUAACUGUCUCCCCGUGGCUGCUGUUAUAGACGAUAAGAUACUAUGUAUGCACGGUGGUCUUUCUCCCGAUUUGACCAAUGUGGAACAGAUUAAGAACAUUAAGCGACCAACCGAUGUUCCAGACUCUGGUUUGCUCUGUGAUCUGCUUUGGUCUGAUCCAAGCAAAGAUGUCAAAGGUUGGGGGAUGAAUGACCGUGGAGUCUCUUACACGUUUGGUCCUGACAAAGUCGCGGAAUUCUUAAUAAAGAAUGAUAUGGAUCUCAUCUGUCGUGCUCAUCAGGUUGUAGAGGAUGGAUAUGAGUUCUUUGCCGAUAGACAGCUUGUGACUAUAUUUUCUGCUCCCAACUACUGUGGUGAAUUUGACAAUGCUGGUGCUAUGAUGAGUGUUGACGAAAGUUUAAUGUGCUCCUUCCAAAUUCUUAAGCCUGCGGAUCGGAGGCCCCGGUUCUUAUGAAGAAAAGAGUUAAAACCUCGCGGGAAAGAAGAGGAAAAAUGCGAUAUGAAAGCAAGUUGGAGAGGCAUUUGAAGCUCCCUGAGACUUUGUCCGGAGGCCUUGCAUGCAAAGGCAAAAAACAACAACAACAUAAUUUACAUGUUAUAUCAUCUUAUUUGAACUCUUGCCAUUUCUUUUCUAAAAACACUUUUAUGUUCUUAUGAUCUUCUUCUUCUUCUUCUCUGACUCUAUAGACAGUAAAAAAAAAGUCUGCAAAUUUUCAUUCUUUUCAACAACCAAUUUCCUCAGUGUAUAUGUACUACGUUCUGUA